GUUAAUUUUUGAAAAAUAGCAGAAUCGCAUUGUCUCUUCUGACAAUCACUUCUCACUGUCUCUCCACUCAAUAUAUAUAUGCAAAUUUGAUAUAUUCUUCAAAUUGUAAAUCAAAUUUUGAAAAUGGGGAAUUGCUCUCUAAAAGGGGUUGCUCUUGCUGCUGAAUUUCCUGACAGAAGCGACACUGGAGAAGCACUGGUUGGUCCAGCCAUGGAGGUUCUGCGGUCAAAACAAAGUGAUGGAGUUUGGAAAGUGAAGUUGGUAAUAAGUUCCAAGCAGUUGGAGGAAAUUUUGUCUGAACAAGGGAACACUGAGGCGUUGAUCGAGAAGAUGAGAAUGGCUGCUGCAAGUUCAGCUACUAUAGCACCUAGGAAAAGCAAAAGUUCUUGGGGAGUGCCAUGGAAGCAUAGCAUAUUAUCAAAUGUAUUCAAGGUGUCUCCUAUUGAUCAUCAAAACCCGGAUUCAUGAUGGAAUUUUCCGUCAGGAUAAUGGAAAUAUCCGUCGGAAAUUACGUUUUCCAACGGAAUUUGUUCGUCACAAAUAACCCGGAUGCGAAUUUUUUGGCGACGGAUAUUUAAGGUGUGGCCUAGUGAUCAUAGGAAGAAAUAAAUAUUGAUAUUUAGUGUUAUAGUUAUAGAAGAACUGACUUCUAAGUAUGAUGUAAAUAUAAGCAAUGCAUAAGGUAAAUGUAAUGUUUAAUUACAUGUAUAUGCUUAAUGCUAGCUUUUAUGUGUGUGUUCUUUUUCGUGAAAGAAAAAAAUAGAAGUUUAGAAUAGUA